CGCGGACGGACGGUCGUUGAAAGUUGACGCGCGCUGGUCGUUGGUCGGGUCUUAAUAAGCAGUCCCGUAUCAAGUUCAGAUUUGGGUGUCGGUUGUUGGAUGUUGGGGACAGUUCAGUGAGGAAAAUGGCGCCGUUCAUAGUGUUCUGAUGGAGUGCUGCUUCUGAUUAGUGUCCGAUAUAAGAAAAAUUAUCAAUAGCCUGUUGAUGUAAAUUGAAAUAUUGUAGUGGCGUGGAGUGUUGAUUGUUUCACAGUUAAGCUGUUCGUUGGGAAAAUUGUAUUGAUUUUGUGUCGAAUGAAGUUUUCGGUAGGAGUGUGUUACUUCCCUUUCGAGUGAAAAAAUAUCGAGAUCAUAUCUAGUGAAUUGUUGAUUUAUUGCUGAAUUGGGAAAAAAUUCGGAAGUGAUUUUAUAUGAUGCCUAAUCGAUGAAUGAUUUAUGCUGACAAGUUGCUAAAGAAAGGUCUACUCAUAAAAUAUAAAAUUGAAUGUGCAUAUUAAUCAAUGUCUACGUAUUGACGAAGGUGCGAUAGAAAGGUGAAUUUGCCAAGUGAAAUUCCAAUAGAUCAUCAAAGGCGAAGUGAGACGAGUCAGUAGAAGACAAAGCUAAAGCGAGAAAGAACUCCAGAAUACUUGUGCACUACACAUUGGAUGAUUCUGCUCUGGUGAGGUGUGAGAACUACGUGCUUCGUGAGAGUCCUCUGAGCCCAUCCUGAAAAGGAAAACGGAUACACACCUGCAGAAAGCGCAACAGUACGUCUAGACAAAAAGUAAUGUCAAAGGAUUGAUACGCCCACCACCACGCUCGGUCGCCCCGGUCGGAUAGAAAAGCAUAACCUUUUUUAUCUGUAUUGACGAAUCUCCGAGUGCAGCUCCGUUGAGGAAAAUCGAAACUUGUUUGGGCUGAUCUGCGUCAGUAUCGCCGACGUUGAAGCUGUGCAAGCUUUCAUCGUAAGACCCAAACGAGUAUGCAUGAAGCAGUGAUGAUUUAGGCAACAGGCUGCAGGAGCAGAAGCGCCUGGGGCCUAUCAGGUCACUUCAUCGGCUGAACCAACCCACGGACGCUUUCCAAGCAACGCUCUGACCCAUCUAGCAUAGAAUUCACCACAUCUUCCAUCCCAAAACCCCCACCGUUCAACAGACCAUCACCAUAGGUUCAACCGGGCGAAGAUGAAGUUUUCGAUUCCGCUCCCAGGUGGCGGCACUGGAUUGACACUCUUCUCGAAACUAGUCCGAACCAAGGACCUCCGCAAGCUCCAGGGCGAAGAUCCGAAAAGUACAAAGCCAAAACUAACGAAAUGUCUAACCACACUCGACCUAACCUCACUCGGAGUGGGAUCGUGUUGUGGCACCGGUAUGUAUCUAGUCGCUGGUAUGGUAGCGAGAAACAUAGCUGGUCCCGGUGUAGUGCUUAGUUUUAUCAUAGCAGCAAUAGCUAGUAUAUUUUCAGGAGCCUGUUAUGCGGAGUUUGGCGUCCGAGUGCCACACACGUCUGGGUCGGCGUACAUGUACUCCUAUGUCUCGGUAGGAGAGUUCGUGGCGUUCGUCAUCGGAUGGAACAUGAUAUUAGAAUAUUUAAUUGGUACGAGCGCGUGUGCCUGUGCACUGAGUGCCAGCUUCGAUUCGCUAUCAGGAGGGUCCAUCAGUAGAAGCAUAGCGUCCGCCGUGGGGACCAUAUUUGGCCGGCCACCGGAUUUCAUCGCAUUCGGCAUCACCCUGGUGAUGACCUUCGUGCUGGCCCUGGGGGCCAGCAAAUCGGUGCUCUUCAACAACGUCCUCAACACGGUCAAUCUGGCCUCGUGGGUAUUUAUCCUAACUGCCGGAAUGUUUUACGUUGACACGACUACGUGGAGCGAGCACGAGGGUUUCCUACCGUUUGGUUGGAGUGGGGUGUUCACAGGGGCGGCCACCUGUUUCUACGCUUUCAUAGGGUUCGACAUAAUUGCCACUACGGGGGAGGAGGCGCAUAAUCCCCAGAAGAGCAUUCCGAAGGCAAUUGUUGGAUCACUGGUGAUUGUGUUGUUCGUAUAUGUGACAAGUAGCUUUGUCCUCACGCUUACAGUUCCAUACGACCACAUCGACACCGGUUCGGCAUUGGUGCAGAUGUGGACCUACGUGGGAGCCCCCAAGUGUCGUGCCCUGGUGGCGCUGGGUGCCACAGCCGGUCUUAGUGUAGCCAUGUUCGGUUCCAUGUUUCCUAUGCCUCGGGUGAUAUACGCAAUGGCUCAGGAUGGGUUGGUCUUCCGGAUGCUGUCGCAGCUGUGGACCAAAACCGGAGUGCCUGGAUUAGCAACGAUUGGCAGCGGACUGGCUGCCUCCUUGGUAGCGAUGACGGUGCGGCUGGAAGUUCUGGUGGAGAUGAUGUCCAUUGGCACGUUGUUGGCUUACACGCUAGUGUCGACUUGUGUGCUGAUUCUACGCUACCAGCCGCACAGUACGACGCUGGUAGACUUGCUACCGGCGCAGCUGCGAACACCGCAACCACCGAGUACGCCGGACCCUAGCACGCAACAUCGCGUGAAAGGGAAUGUGAUGGUGAAGAAGAUCACUAGAGGGUCGCCCGACUCGGAUGACAGCUUUGCGGAUGACAGUCCGGACGGUUUCAUGGGUCGGGACGAUCAGUUCCUGGUAUCGGACAAGUCCGAAAACAAAUUUUAUGGUGCUGUACACGGUGCCCCUCAGGGUGGAUCGAAUCCUUUCACGCUGUGGGGAUUCAGCUACAUCGGUCGGAAGAUCGAGCAAUACUCAUAUCUGUGUCCCGGGUUGUUUCCGUGGGUCAAUCCAGGACCAGCGACUCACGAAAGCGGAAUGUUCGUGACGAAAAUGGUCGGCCUGAUGUACGCAUGCAUUUUCUUCUUGGAUCUGUUCAUGGCGAUCGGCAUUACGGGUACGUUCUUCUCCUUGGUUUACACUGCCUUAGUUCUUGGGAUCUUCUGCAUUCUGUUGGUCAUUUCGCGGCAACCUCAAAAUCGAUACGCGCUCCCCUUCCUGACGCCGGCGCUUCCAUUCGUCCCUACGAUUGCUAUCACCGUUAACAUCUAUCUGAUAUUCAAACUAAGUAUACUGACGCUGGUUCGGUUUACGGUGUGGAUGUCGCUAGGUCUGAUCAUGUACUUCUACUACGGAAUCACGCACAGUUCGUUGGAGAAUCCUAGCGAAGAGUUCGAGCUGACGGUGGAUGGAAACGGGCAACAACCACCAUCCGGCCAGCAGACCAAUCUGAAAGUUCCUUCCCAGAGUAAUCACCGCGAGCAGACGGCGGUGUGGGACCGACACGGGUACGAGAAUCGAAUGGCCACCAAUGACGACGGCACGGAACUGCAGUGGGGCACGACCAACAACAGUUGGAACCCGAAUGACGCGUGGGCUGAUACGACGAUCUAUGAUCCACCCCGUCAGCAGCAAGCUCCAGCGUCGCAGCAGCGGUCGACGCAUCAGUACGAAUCGACGAAUAUUUUUCAGCCUCCACCAACGCAGCAGCAGCGACCGGAAGCGAAAAAGGACGGAUUCGGGAUGUUCUACCAAGAAACUCCCAGCUAUCCCACGUGGGAUGAUUAAGCGGCUAGGGCACGUUUCCAUAGUCUCCUCUAGCAAUCGUCGGCUAAUCUUCCUCAUAACUAGCCACAAUCAACGUUUGGCUGUUUACACACAGUUGAGCCUGAGCGCACAUUGCAUACGAGAGAGCACCCGAAGGACUGAAAACGCGAUGAAAUUCAUGGUAAAGCAAUCAUCAUCCCAUCAUUACAGUUGUUCUGCUGUUAUUAUUACGAACCUACUAAAUACGUUUCUGCUGCUGUCGGGUUUAGUCUUACAUAUUAGCGUUCUGCAUGCAUAGGAAAUGGCAGCAACAGCCGGCAAGCGCAACAUGUGCGGUUUUCCAUCAAGAUAUUAGUCACGACACGAUGCACGAUGAGCAACAUUACAAAGCUUCGUUCGACCCCGAACGUCGAGGGUGAGUUUGCCUCUCGCCUUGUGGUAUCCUUUCGACAUGUGAUAUUACAUAUUGCGAUGCAGUUAGUUUUGCUAAUUAAACAUUAAAUGCUGUGGCCGUGCGUACCAUUUGAUCAGUGAGCUUGCGCUAAUUGCGACUAAUGACCUUUGCUUGAAAAUGCCAGCAGGUUUGCUGAUGUUUUUGCUUGAAAUUAAUUCAUUAUAUUAUAGUGGGCGGGUCAGGUGCAGGUAGUCUAAUCACGGGGUAUAAUGGCGACUGUUCCCUAGUCACACAUUUAAAUAUGUCUCAUUUUGUUGCAGGAGAAAUCUGCUUCAAACGCAGGAGGUGUAUCUAAAGUCCAUGCAAUUCAUAUAAUUUUCAUUUAAUUUUCAAAACUUCAGUUUAGUACGAAAUUAUGAACUGAUGGAGUUCUAGGACAAUAUUGGAAUUUGUUAGAAUGCAAUGGGAGACUCAGAAUUCAUUUCGGAAUCACAACGAAAGCGAUAGAUAAUUGCCGGACAAACAUUAGAACCUGAUAGAGUGCUUAUUCAACCAAAAUCAAUCUUCUUCAGCUAAAGAACUAGCUCAUUCAGCUUAAAUUGUUUGUUGGAUAGUAUGGUUAACAUUGCGCUAAGGAUAUGUAUUCUUUUCUUUUUAUCGUCUGAAGAGGAAUUUCGUUGAUUGCAGAACUUGACCCUUAAAGACGGAUUGCAGUCCAGUACUUAUGCAACUUACACGUUCGUUGAUGUGAUUCUCUUUUUCUUACUUGAUACCUGAUGAGAUUACGCCUAAUGGAGUUUCCUUCUUCACAGGAUUCGAUCUUGGAGCAAUCGACCUUCAGGUUCUCUUCAACAGCAAAAAGCCGUCGUGUACGCCGAUACCAUGAAACCUGCGGUCUUUUUCGGUUUCACUACUGAAUAAUAUGAUCGCUUUAUACCCCAGGUAUUACUCGUGGAUUCAUGUGACACUGCUAGAUGCCGUUUUCCGGUUUACCGCCGAGUAUUGUCCGCAGCACCUUACGCUCAAGUACUCUCAAAGUUGGCCGUAUAAAGCCAGCGAAAUAAUCAAAGUAACAUACAGGGCGUAACUUCAUAAAGCUGCCUGCUGCCAACUGAUCCUUUUCCGUAGCCUUAUUGUUUUACACCUCUUCAAUGGCUUUUCCAACCUUAUCUGGUGUACGCGGCUUCAAUACUUGUUCAUCGUGUAGGAUAUUCGGAUGGCGAUUUCUCAUUGAGUCUGCUUAAGGUGACACGGGAAGCACAAACAAUCAUCAAAUCGUCAUCAUUUUCAUCAUUGUAUGCUUAAUUUUUUUCUACAACACAUAUGAUUUUGAAAAAGUAUCAUCGGCAGUCACAUCAAACAGCUGGAAACCGAAAUACGCCGCUCCAAAAUUACGAGGUGGCAAUGCUAGAAAGAGACAAAAGAUAGGAAAAAUAACACGGUGUGUAGUGCCUCCCCGAUUCACCUUAAUCCACUUCUACCACUUAUCUUCACAAUUCUUGCUGUCAUUCUUCAGGUCAAUCUACCUCAAUAUUUCUCGACCAUGUUUACUACGAUCUAAUCUCACUAUCUACAGUAAGACCCUACAACCCCUUCAGAUUUUGUUGUGC